GAGUAUAAUCAUGAAGAAAUUAUCUCACUUGUAUUUUUCCCUUGGACUCGUCUUGCUAUGUUCUCUCUUAUCUUGCUUAGCCAUGGCCCCCCCCAACAUUACCACGGAUCAAUCAGCCCUUCUCUCAUUGAAAGCCAAAAUCACUGGGGAUCCUCACGAAAUCUUGGCAAGCAACUGGUCGGCUACUUCCUCAGUUUGUGACUGGAGAGGAGUCACUUGCGGCUCUCGCCGCCGUAGAGUCACUGCCUUGAAUAUCUCCAACUUGGGCCUCACCGGCACCAUUCCUCCACAACUGGGCAAUCUCUCCUUUCUCAUGUUCCUCGAUAUGAGCAGGAACAACUUUUACGGCGAACUUCCCCAUGAAUUGAUUCGUCUGUUCAGGUUACGAGUCCUUAGUUUAGGCAUUAACAUGCUUAGCGGAAAUAUUCCCUCUUGGGUUGGUUCCUUCCAACAACUCCGACAAUUUUCUCUGGAGAACAAUAGCUUUACAGGCUUUAUCCCACCUUCUAUCUCCAACCUGUCAAAGCUAGAGACGUUCAAUCUGCAGUUUAAUUCUCUACAAGGAGCAAUACCAAUGGAGAUUGGGAAAUUAAAAAAGUUGAAGCAUUUAGUCCUGAACUAUAAUCAGCUUUCAGGGUCUCUGCCACUGGGGCUGUUCAAUAUUUCCUCGCUGGAAGUUAUUGGUUUACAAGGUAAUAGCCUAUCUGGCAAUCUUCCCGUUGGCAUAUGUUCCUGUCUUCAAGGACUCACAUGGCUUGACCUUGGCCUCAACAAAUUAAGUGGUGUGAUACCACCAUCGUUAUCGGAGUGUUCGAAGCUUCAGGUACUGUGGUUGUUUGACAACAACUUUAGUGGAGUGAUACCGGAAGGAUUUGGGAACUUGACGGCGCUCAAGCAACUAGGUCUUAGCGGGAACAAUUUGAUUGAGUAUGGACUUGAAGGGCAGGUGUCAACAAGGGUUGAUGUUUAUAGUUUUGGUAUAGUUUUGAUGGAAACCUUUUCAAGAAUGAAGCCUAGUGAUGAAAUGUUCGAAGAUGAUUUGAGCCUGAAGAGUUGGAUUGAAGAAUCUCUGCCUAAUGCAACCACUCAGGUUAUAGAUGCAAACUUACUUGGGCGGCAAGAUGAGCAUUUCAAUGAGAAAUUGGAGUGUAUUUCAGUGAUCUUCAAAUUGGCUUUGAGUUGCUGUGCUAAGUGCCCGCGAGAUCGGACUAAUAUGAAGGAUGUUGUGGCAACACUUCAAAAGAUAAAACGUCAAAUUAAGAUGAUGCCAAGAUUUGAAACAUGAAGCAAAAUGAGUUAUAUUAUCCACCUUAAGUAUGCUGAUAUAUCAAUCAUAUAUUUGUUUUAAGUUCAUUUUCUAAGUUGUCAUUUGAAAGGAAUCCUGAGGAAAAACUGCAUUUGCAUA